CCACGAGCCGGUCAGCGGGCUCCACCUGCGGCCGGCGGCUCCAGCUCAGCUCUUGUUCCUCAGCGACCGCGGCCGCAGCAGGACCGGCGACGCUCGGGCCGGCGGGUCUGCGGAAAGGUGGCUGCGGCGCGGCGCUGGGAGGCCGACGGAGGGAAGUCCGGGUUGAGCCGCCGUUGUCGCCUGCGCGCCGGGUAAAAAUGAAUGUAGGGGUUGCACACAGCGAGGUAAAUCCAAACACGCGGGUGAUGAACAGUCGGGGAAUGUGGCUGACCUACGCGCUCGGAGUCAGCAUGCUGCAUGUUGUCUUGCUCAGCAUUCCUUUCUUCAGUGUCCCUGUUGCUUGGACUUUAACAAAUGUGAUUCACAACCUGGGAAUGUAUGUGUUUUUGCAUGCGGUAAAGGGAACUCCUUUUGAAACACCUGAUCAGGGGAAAGCUAGGCUGCUAACACACUGGGAACAACUGGAUUAUGGAGUACAAUUUACAUCUUCAAGAAAAUUCUUCACAAUCUCUCCUAUAAUUCUGUACUUCCUGGCAAGUUUCUACACCAAGUAUGAUCUGACACACUUUAUCCUCAACACAACCUCUCUCCUGACCGUGCUUAUCCCCAAGAUGCCGCAGUUGCAUGGCGUUCGAAUCUUUGGCAUCAAUAAAUAUUAAGCAGAAGGUCUGACACUGACUGCACCUGAUGUGGCUACUGGUGCUCCCCAGGUGAAGGGAACAAGUAGUCUGCUGUGCCGUGUAGCUAAUUGUAUUCGGUGAGAGAUGCUUUUACAUCUGAAAUACGAUUCCUAUUUCCUGCAGCGUUGUCUGGGACAAAAGAUAAGUUUAUAAGAAGAUACCUUCAAGUACUUAAAUGUGAAUUGGAAACCUCUAGAAGGAAGAUUUCCAUGAAGAGCUGGGCAGGCCCAGCUCUAAAGCGUUCAGACUGUAUGCCUGGCUGAUGGAAAUAAGGAAGAUGUGAGUAACAGUUGAAAUGGAGAGUAAUGUUUCACAAAUACCCAGUGAACCGUAACCUGAAUGGUAACUGUACAUACAAAUCCAGGAUCCUCAACGCCAAGGACUGGUGAGGCCACGUUCUUAGAUAAAGUGUAAGUAGAUGGUUUCUGCUGAAUGGAUUGUAGGUGGUUGUGCUUGUCAUUGCAUUGUAAAAGUUUGCCUCACAGUACCUACUGUGACAGCUGGCAUAAACUGAUGGUAUGAUUCAUGCCUUAUCUGUUUUUGUGAUUUUAUUUGUCACAGAGAUUGAGGAAAGUCCUCAACUGUCAGCUCAGGGGAUUUCUACAUCAGCUUGAUAGCUCAGUUUAUGUACGCUUUUACAAAUCACUACUGUUGUGUUUAUUCCAUUUUGCUUAACAGGACUUUUCUAUGGCUAAAUGGGACAUCCUGAAAAACUGGAAUUGCUUUUAAGAUGUGGAUUUUUGAGGAUUUUCUCUGAUACUUGACUGAUGGGUUAUUUUUGGUAGUUCAGAGGCCUGUAGUGGUGGGGGAAAGGCUUGCUGCCAUUGUAAGAAAAGCAGCUUCAUGGUAGAGCAACAAUGUCAGAACACGUAAGAGAAACUCUGCAUAGGUCGUUAAGUUAGAAUAGCAGCCGAACUAGAAGUAGGUGAGUAGGUAAAUCACAUGGACUAACUGUAUGCAUUUGUGGAAAAAGGUGUAGGUAAUUUGCAUGUCUUGGAAACAUGGAUGAAUGCUGUGGUUUAGGGGUACUGUGUAAUACCAAGUAAUGUUGUAUAUAAUCAACUCUGCAGUGAAAAUGGUACAUCUAGAGCUCUGAGCACUUAUUUCUGUCUUGAAAAAAGGAUGAAUUUUGCAGUCUGCCAUACAUCUGCCAGCCAAAACAGGCUCAGCUUUAAGAGAAAUCUCUAGUUAAGGCCUGAUUUACAUUGUGGUUGCAGUGACAUUGAGCUGGAAAAAAACAAAAUAAAUUAAAAAUCAAAAAUAAAA